GUCUCAACAGUCUGUGGACAGUGGCAACUCUCCAUGCCUCAUAGAUCGCCUCAACUCUGCUCCUACAAGCACAGUCUCAACAGCCUGUGGACAGUGGCAACUCUCCAUGCCUCAUAGAUCACCUCAACUCUGCUCCUACAAGCACAGUCUCAACAGCCUGUGGACAGUGGCAACUCUCCAUGCCUCAUAGAUCACCUCAACUCUGCUCCUACAAGCACAGUCUCAACAGCCUGUGGACAGUGGCAACUCUCCUUGCAUCAUUUGUAUAUAGAAGUUUAUGUAUUAGAUGUGCUAACUUUCCUGCCAUUUGCCAUAACCUGCAGUGUGUGACACUUUUACCAUUAUUAUCCUGCAGUGUGUGACACUUUUACCAUUAUUAUCCUGCAGUGUGUGACACUUUACCAUUAUUAUCCUGCAGUGUGUGACACUUUACCAUUAUUAUCCUACAGUGUGUGACACUUUUACCAUUAUUAUCCUGCAGUGUGUGACACUUUACCAUUAUUAUCCUGCAGUGUGUGACACUUUACCAUUAUUAUCCUGCAGUGUGUGACACUUUACCAUUAUUAUCCUGCAGUGUGUGACACUUUACCAUUAUUAUCCUGCAGUGUGUGACACUUUACCAUUAUUAUCCUGCAGUGUGUGACACUUUACCAUUAUUAUCCUGCAGUGUGUGACACUUUACCAAUAUUAUCCUGCAGUGUGUGACACUUUACCAUUAUUAUCCUGCAGUGUGUGACACUUUACCAUUAUUAUCCUGCAGUGUGUGACACUUUACCAUUAUUAUCCUGCAGUGUGUGACACUUUACCAUUAUUAUCCUGCAGUGUGUGACACUUUACCAUUAUUAUCCUGCAGUGUGUGACACUUUACCAUUAUUAUCCUGCAGUGUGUGACACUUUACCAUUAUUAUCCUACAGUGUGUGACACUUUACCAUUAUUAUGCAGUGUGUGACACUUUACCAUUAUUAUCCUGCAGUGUGUGACACUUUACCAUUAUUAUCCUGCAGUGUGUGACACUUUACCAUUAUUAUCCUGCAGUGUGUGACACUUUACCAUUAUUAUCCUGCAGUGUGUGACACUUUACCAUUAUUAUCCUGCAGUGUGUGACACUUUACCAUUAUUAUCCUGCAGUGUGUGACACUUUACCAAUAUUAUCCUGCAGUGUGUGACACUGUUUUUAGUAUUACGUUGCAAUUUUUCUGACUGUUUAUAUAGAUACUGUUAUUAGUCAUAAUGAACAUUUAUACAUAUGAUGUAAAUUAUUAAUCAUUGUUGAUAUUUUUAUUUAAAUGUGUGUCUACAGUUAUACUGAAUUUUUUCUUGAAUUUGUAUUAUCUAUUUGUGUGCCUUGAAUGUAUUUGUCUUGUAGAAGAAUUAUUGUUAAUUCCAGAGCUAGGAAUAUUAUUUCAUAAAAAAUAAAUUAAGAUAUGAAACAAAAUUUAGAAGUAGUGUGAAUGUUUUUUGUGCAGUCUUAGGGGUUAAUAAUUCCUAAUAGAGCAUAUUUGAAUUUCUUCCUAAAUAUUCCUAAAUGUCUGAAAUUCAUUAUGUAUGUAUUUCAGGUAAUUAUUAAUGUCAUUAUAAGAUAAACAUAAUAUUUUGGUUCCACCUACUCAAAUAGCAAGCAGAGUCAUUUAAAGCCAAUUGUAAAAAAAUUUUUGGUGUAGAAAUGAUAAAUGUUAAAUUCCCUUACAUAAAACAGUUGACUGUAUAAUGUGUGCUCAUGUUGAGCACACACGUGUCAGAAUAUUAGUCUCUGUAUUAGUAUUAAGGUCCUAAGUUUUUCCUAAAAAAUCUCUACCAGUUAUGAUUAUUUCUAUUAAAGAGAAACCAUAUAAUUAUUUUCAUAAAAAUCAACUUAAGUGUGAGGUACGUGAAUAAAUUACAAAAUGCAGUCGUAUCAGAGUUCAGAGCAUUCAGAAGGCUUUGCAACUAAGUCACAUCUAGAAAAACACUCGAGAGUUCAUUCAGGACAGAAACCCUAUCAGUGUUCAGUGUGUCCAAAGGGCUUUGUAUAUAAGUUAAAUCUAGUAACACAUAUGAGAAUUCAUUCAGGUGAGAAACUGUAUCAGUGUUCCAAGUGUUUAAGAGAUUUUGCACACAAGGUGUAUCUAGAAUCACAUAUGAGAGUUCAUUCAGUAGAGAAACAAAAUCAGUGUUCUGAGUGUAAAAAAAGCUUUACACAAAAGUCACAACUAGUAAAACACAUGAGAGUUCAUUCAGGCGAGAGACCAUAUCAAUGUUCAGAGUGUCUAAAAAGCUUUGCAUAUAAGUCGUACUUAGUGACACAUUUGAGAUUUCAUUCAGGAGAGAAACCAUAUCAGUGUUCUGAGUGUUUAAAAUGUUUUGCACUUAAAUCACAUCUAGUAAAUCACAUGAGAGUUCAUUCAGGAGAGAAACCAUACCAAUGUUCAGUGUGUAAAAAAUGUUUUUCACAGAAGGCACGUCUAGUAAUACACUUGAGAGUUCAUUCCGGAGAGAAACCUUAUCAGUGUUCGGUGUGUCAUCUAGGCUUUACAGACAAAACAUCUUUAGUGACACACAUGAGGAUUCAUUCAGGAGAGAAACCGUAUCAGUGUUCUGAGUGUCUAAGAUGCUUUGGACGUAAUUCAUAUUUAGUAAAGCACAUGAGAAUUCAUUCAGGAGAGAGACCCUUUCAGUGUUCAGUGUGUCAAAAAAGUUUUUCAGAUAAAUCAUAUUUAGUGAUACAUUUGAGAUUUCAUUCUGGAGAGAAACCAUAUAAGUGCUCUGAGUGCUUAAAAUGCUUUGUACUAAAGUCACAUCUAGCAAAGCACAAGAGAAUUCAUUCAGGAGAGAAACCCUAUCAAUGUUCAGUGUGUCUAAAAUGCUUUGCACACAGUUCAUAUUUAGUGACACACAUGAGAGCUCACUCAGGAGAGAAACCAUAUCAGUGUUCUGAGUGUCUAAAAUUCUUUGCAUGUAAUGCAUAUCUAUUAAAGCACAUGAGAGUUCAUUGAGGAGAGAAACCUUAUUCGUGUUCCUAGUGUCGACAGUUGGACAGUACAGUUGGAAUGAUCAUAAGAUUCGCACACCGGCUAUGUAUGCAAGAGAAUGCAGUGUAGCUGCUCCACCUCCACCAGAUCACCCAAUGCCGAUUCAGGGUCCAUGAGGACAUUGGCAAGUAGUCCCUGUCUGCAGCUCAUGGAAUGAAGAAAGAAAAAAUUUAAUAGGAAGAAAUCAGAUGAAAGUUGAAGUGACCUGCUCAAGCCGGCAGGUUUACCUGCUUGCCUCAUCUGCUCGUCAAGCAGACCCAUCAUCUCCUCUGUCAACCCCAGAAACCCCAGCCAACACCCUGCAGUACAAGUUCUUAUGCAAUCGCUAACAGGGUCACCCAAAAAAGACCCCAAGACAUUCAUCCUAACCAUCAAGUGCCUGAUACAGGUCAACAACCUUCGGUGAACAUCCCCGAGGACUUGUUUGCACCCACAACAAUGCCAGCAUCACCAACCCUCUUGUCCCCACAACAAACCCAAGAAACAGAACCAACUGCAAGUGCAGUACCAGCCACCACCUCAACCCUGAAAUUGAUCUAUGGGCCCAGAGCAUCCAAGACCUCUUAUUGCCCCCUGAAUUCCAAAGACCAAGCACAUCCACCCCAAUUACCAGCCACAUGGCAUGUUUGGGGAAGCCACCACCAGCACUCCCAGUUGCCCUCCUUGACCUUUAGCUCACCUGGAUGCAGAUGCUCAACCUUCCAGCCUGCCCACCAAGGAGUCAUCCAGCAGAAGUCAGUUAGUUUAGUUCAUUUAUUAUGCACCCCAUACCCAUCUUGUGGGCAGUAGUGGAAAGGGUUACAGAGGCACAUAAUGGGCUCAGGGACUGAACCCCCACAAUUUAUUUGGCUAAGCAAGU